AUGUCGCUGCAUGAGAGAGCCCCGUCUUCGCCCACCGCCAGCUACCACCCGGAUUACUUCGAACAUGCGUACUCCGAUCAGUUUGUCACUGUCAUCCCGCAUCAUGUCUCUCCCUCGGCGCUGCCCCCAGCCGCUCAUCGGGUCUCAUUGAAGCAGUCGCCCCAAUGGCCCUCCUCGUUUGAUCACCGUGACGGUGAGGAUCACCGUUUGGGCUCAGAAGCCUCUUCACCUGAAGGGACAGGAUCCCUGUCCGGCUCGUCGACGGGCUCGUACUCCAUUCCGCGCGCCGCUCUGGACCCGGUGCAGUCGUACCCCGGGAAAACCGCCGGCUCUGCCUCUUUCACGCUGGCAUCCCACAUGGAGGAGGGCUCUGGAUCCAACGGGGCUGUGACGAGUGCCGAAGGGCAUUCCCACAAGGACGGGAGUGGGCGCGCAAGCUGGGCGAGCCGUCCCUCACAGCUGUCCGGAGGACAGAGUCUCCGAAGCGUGCGCCAUGACGAGCAGAGUUCCGUGACUGUCUAUGCAGGAACCAAGGAGAAAUUUUCCUACAGCAAAGAGCCCAAUGCGGUGUUAGCAUUGGUAUUCCUCUCCAUGCCUGUGCCCCUCUUCUCUCUUGGUACCUGUCUCUAUACGCUAUUCGCAUUGCUCUUCGUGACCUUGUCCUCUCCUCUCCGCCUCUGUCCCCCCACAUCUUUCUUCCGAUCGACAUCCUUCUCCAUCCAGCUGUGCCAGCUCCUGGUUCCAGCGCUAGAAUACCACGAACGGUUGGCGCAAAAACCGUCGAGUCACCACCACCACUAUCACCAUCACCACGACCCUUACCGGUCUGACGGUGCGCUGACAGACAUAUUCUCACCAGCCCGUCUGGUCCUCGUCCUCCUGCUGGCCCCGCUGCUGAGUCUCGGCCUGCUGCUGGCGGUAUGGACCGCGGCUUUCUUCUGGAUCUUCGCCAUGAUCCUGGGCAAUCCGGACGGCACGGAGCGGCGGGACGAUGGGCGGGCGGCCGUUCUCGGCGUGAAUGGCUGGUGGCAGAAAUGGCUUGGCAAGAGCCGCCGAAAGCGAUGA